GCUUCCUCCAGUGUUCAGACGGCGGAAGAACUGUCUGGGACCCGAGCCGGCCUCCUCUGUGGAGAGAAAAACCAGCCGCUCCAUGGACUCGUCCUCAUGAUGUUCGGUUCCCGGUUCUUCCCAUGCCGGCUCCGGACCCGCCCUCUGCUCCGCCGCCCGCUCUCCGGGUUCCGGUCCGCCGGCGGCCCGGCGCCGUGCCGGGGGCUCGCCGCCGAGGGCCACACCCUGCAGCCCGUGAUCGGCCCGGACUCCGUGGAGCUGCUGGGACGCUCCUACCCCCGCGACCACUUCACCAACGUCACGCCGAAGAUCCUGGCCAAGGUGGGCUUCCACCUGCACAACCAGCCGAACCACCCGCUGUGGCUCGUCAAGGAGCGCAUCAAAGCCCACUUCUACAGCUCCUUCGUCGGUCGAUGGGGCAACCCGCUGUUCUCCGUCCACGACAACCUGAGUCCAGUGGUGACGGUGGAGCAGAACUUUGACAGCCUGCUGAUUCCUCCUGAUCACCCCAGCAGGAAGCGCGGCGAUAAUUACUACCUGAACAGAACCACCAUGCUGCGGGCCCACACCUCGGCCCACCAGAGGGACCUGGUCCGGUCCGGUCUGGACGCCUUCCUGCUGGCCGGAGACGUGUACCGGCGGGACGAGGUCGACGCCAGCCACUACCCGGUCUUCCACCAGAUGGAGGGGGUCCGCCUCUUCUCCGACCACGAGGUUCUGACGGCGCCGUGCGGCCGAGCGGACCGGGCCGCGGCAGAACCUCUGACUGUGUGUUCUGCAGCUGUUUCUCAGGGUCCGCGGCGGGAAGAGCUGAGCCUGUUCGAGCGCGGCGGGCGCCGGACCGCCCAGAAGCAGGAGAGCCACAGCCUGGAGGCCGUCAAGCUGGUGGAGUUCGACCUGAAGACCACCCUGACCCGACUCGUCACACACCUGUUUGGACCAGACGUGGAGGUCAGGUGGGUCGACUGCUACUUCCCCUUCACUCACCCCUCCUUUGAGAUGGAGGUGCGUUUCCAGGGCGACUGGAUGGAGGUGCUGGGCUGCGGCGUGAUGGAGCAGGAGCUGCUGCUGUCGGCCGGCGCUGGGAACAAGCUGGGCUGGGCGUUCGGUUUGGGUCUGGAGCGGCUGGCCAUGAUCCUCUACAGCAUCCCGGACAUCCGGCUGUUCUGGAGUCGAGACGAACGAUUCCUCAAACAGUUCAGGGUGGACGACAUCCAGACGCCCAUCUGCUUCCAGCCUCUGAGUAAAUACCCGCCGCUCCACAACGACAUUUCCUUCUGGCUGCCGGACGGCGCCGACCGCUUCACGGAGAACGACUUCUACGAACUGGUUCGCUCGGUGGGCGGAGACCUGGUGGAGAAAGUUACUCUGGUGGACGACUUCACUCAGCCCGGGACGGGCCGGCGGAGUCACUGCUACCGCAUCGUCUACCGCCACAUGGAGCGAACUUUGACCCAGCAGGAGGGGCGGCAGGUCCACCAGCAAAUCGAGCGGAUGGCGGAGACGGCUGGCGUUCAAGGCCGGUUCUGAGUCUGAGCGGCGUAGAUCUACGCACACAGAGCCUGAGCUGAGCAGCUGUGACUGUCGUGCUCAGGCGUCACUCUGCUGUAGAUGCUGCUGCCGGCGGUUCACACGCUGCUGCAGCACUUCGUC